GUUAAUUUCUCUUUUUGCUGUUUCGGUUUUGAUCUGUUUUUGGCUGAAUUGUUGUACCAUGUCUGGCCGUGGAAAGCAAGGUGGGAAAGCCAGAGCGAAGGCCAAGACUCGGUCUUCCCGGGCUGGCCUGCAGUUCCCGGUGGGCCGAGUGCAUCGCCUGCUUCGCAAAGGCAACUACGCGGAGCGCGUGGGAGCCGGGGCGCCGGUCUACAUGGCCGCCGUGCUGGAGUACCUGACGGCCGAGAUUCUGGAGCUGGCCGGCAACGCCGCGCGGGACAACAAGAAGACGCGCAUCAUCCCUCGCCACUUGCAGCUGGCCAUUCGCAACGACGAGGAGCUGAACAAGUUGCUGGGCAAAGUCACUAUCGCCCAGGGGGGCGUCCUGCCCAACAUCCAGGCCGUUCUGCUCCCCAAGAAAACCGAGAGCCACAAAGGCAAGGCCAAGUAGAAGCAGCCUUGUUCGGCCUCUACGGCUGCAGCGUCUAGAACCCAAAGGCUCUUUUCAGAGCCACACACGCCUUUCCUAAAAGAGUUCGUAAACGCUUAUAAGGCAACCCAUGGGGAAUGAAAUGUAUUUUGUUACACGUAACAGAAAGGAAUGCACUUUCCUGCAUCUUGGUUUGUAAGCUUGUAAUUUAUUAUGAGGUAAUCAGCCUAUGCGGGGUAAGAAAGCAUUAUUUCUGGCAGAAAGCAACGUCACUUUCCGUAUAUUGUGUCUGACAAAAAUCUGCGUCAACUUCCAUAUAUUCUUUACUAGACCCGCUUGUAUGUUUAGCAAGCCAAUGAGAUCAAGAGCGACCCUUAUAACAGGCCUUUGAGGUUGUUAUUGUGAGCCGAAAUGAGACUCCAAAGCCAUAGCGAGCAACUUUAGUGCUUCACGACGUAGACGACGUCCAUGGCGGUCACCGUCUUUCUCUGCAUGCUGUGUAUGUCACAGCGUCACGAAUCACUUUCUAAGAACCCCUUCAACACAUCCCGAAUCUCUUCACAGAUCAAGCCCGAAAUGCGCUUGACUUCGCCCCGAAGGCGACGAGUAGCAGGAUUAGUUGCGCUCUCGGUGUUGUCACGAAACACUUUUCGAUGCCUCUUACCACCUCUCUUCCCCAACCUUUUACCGCCUUUUCCACGGCCACACACCCUUACGUCACGAAUCACUGAGAACAAAACGCCCAACAAUAAAAAAAAAAUUCCCCAUUUAUAUAGUGGAAAUUCCGACCAGAAAUAAAACUUAAUCAUCCUGUGGUACCCAAUGGACUAACUCUG